CAGGCGCUUGCCGGCCGCAGGGCAGCGGGGAGCGCUCUGAAGCCCAUGUCAGGCGGCGCGAGGCUGGGGUGGCUGUGGGCGCUCCGGGUGGGACUGGUGGCCGCGACACGACCCGGCGGCGGCAGGAGCAGAGUCGCCACCAUGUCUUCACAGUCUCACUGGUUGACCACAGAAGAAAGGAACCAAGUUUUGUAUGACCUCAAAGCUGCAGGAUGGUCUGAGCUAAGCAAAAGGGAUGCUAUAUACAAAGAAUUCAACUUCAAAACUUUCAAUCAGGCUUUUGGCUUUAUGACUCGAAUUGCUCUGCAGGCUGAAAAGAUGAAUCACCACCCUGAGUGGUUUAAUGUUUACAAUAAGGUCCAGAUAACUCUCAUUUCCCAUGACUGCGGAGGGCUGACAAAACGAGAUGUCAAGCUGGCUCAGUUUAUUGAUAAAGCUGCUGCAACUGUCUAACAAUGGGGUGUUGAAAUCAUCACGGAACCGCAUUUCUUUCAAAAUGAUUUCCCUUUGCAUUGUAUGAGACGAUUAUUCAUUCUUCUCUGUUUCUGUGAUUUUGAGGCUUAAAUUAGCUCCUUGCUUUGGGACCAUACCUAGUAUAUGCUAGUCUCCUAUAGACAGAUGCAGAGAUAGAAAUAUGCAUUCUGGGAGAAUUCUUAGGCAUGUAGAAUAAAGAAGACUAAGGUACUUGUAACCUUCUGUUUUUCUGCAUCAUUGGCAGCCUAACUUUACUUCUCCUACCCUGGAUUACUGAAGACUUUGAACUUAGCCUUUACACUUAAGUUGAUAUCAUUACUUGUAUACACAAAGGUCAUAAUAAUUUAUGAUUACAAAGAGGGAGGGCACAAUCCAGUCAAAAUUAAGCUCACUGGUUUUAUGUGCUAACCUUGUAUUAUGGAUUAGGACAUAUUUUAAGAAUUAGAUGCCAGCUUCUUCCUACUUGUGAUCCAGUGUUGUGUAGUGGUUAGAGUAUUGGACUAGGACCUGAGAGACUCCAGGUUCGAAUCCUCAUCCUGUCACGGAAGCUUGCUGGGUGAUGCUGGGUCAGUCAUACACUCUCAGCUUAGGCUAACCCAACCGCAAAGCGCAAUGAUGUCACUUCCGGGAAGUGAUGUCAUCAUGCUGCACAUGCACGCCCCCCCCCCCAGCGCAACCAUGCUCCGCAGGAACGGUCCUGCACUCCACAGCGGCCCAAAAUGCACCUGCAGAUCAGGCCCAUUUUGGCCCAGAUUGGGCCCAUUUUGAGCCGCUGCGGAGCACGGUGGUGCUCCUGCAUGCCGCAGCAUUCAAAAACAGGCUCCCACGCUACACAGCGACUCAAAAUGGGCCCAAUCCGGGCCAAAACAGGCCUGUUUUGAGACGCUGCAGAGCGCUCCUGUGCUCCACAGCGCCUCAAAAUGGGCCUGAUCCACGGGAGCUGCAGCUCCACAGGGGAGUGCGCACGGAGGGUACGCGCCCUCCCGCUGGCCAGGUAAGUGGGGGUGGGGUGUGGGGGCGAGGGCGGGGGAUCCCCUGCCCCCACAAGGGGUCUGGCACCCCUACAUUGCAAUGUUGUUGUUUAAAAAGAGAAAGAGAAAACAACCUGGACUAAGAAAACAGGAAACACAACACUCUUCUGCAGAAUCUUGUGUUUUAAGAGGGCAUAUUUACUGCUGAGGUCACAGAACACAUUGACAAAAUUAAGGCUGAGAGUGGUGAGGGAAGAAAGUGGGGCAAAGGAUGUAGUUGCAUAUUGCUGUUCAACCAGUCAGGACCCAAGGGGAUGAAGGGAAGGGCAAAAGGCAAGGCCAGGGCUAACGUUGGAGAAAAUAUUCUGCAAUGCAAAAGGCUAUCUUUUAACUUUGGUGUAAAAAAAAUGGAAUAUGUGUGGAAAACUGAGAGGGAAAUUAAUUCUGCAGCUGAUACAGUCUUUUACCAUGCAGAACACAAAAAGUCUGGAAAGCAAUUUGGAGACUGAACCAAAGUAUUUUGACCAUGUGUGCAGAACUCCAUAGAGACAUAGAAGCUGUAUGGGGCCAGAACCCGCAAAAAAACCCUGUGCGGAAACAGCUGGAGUAAGUCUUUAUAUGAGUUCGCCAUAGUCUCUUGGGAAUAGAGCUACACUCUGGUUCCUAACAGUACCUGCAAAGGUUUUGGACAGAUUUUUUUUUGUUCAGUAUUUUUCAGAUUUUCUCACAAAAGGUACUUUUUAAAAAUAACUGAAAAGGAAAGAUGAUUUGGAUUUAAGAACCUCUUAAGUCCUCACUGUAGCUGUUUUAUUAAGGUAGGUUAAAGCUUAUGUAUGAUGGUUGAUGAUCUUACUGCUUGGGAUGUUUUGUUCUGAACUUUCCAAGAGCUUUAGACACAAACCACUUUUACUUCAUUUUAGGUUUUAGAUAUAGGACUGUUCCUAAUUAGGAACAGCAGGAUGAGUGCUUUUUUCAAAUGCAUUUUGCUAGGAAUGUCAGCCUUUUCAAAUAACUAUUGUUAUCAGAUUGACUAAAUGAUUGGCAAAUUCUGGAAGAAUGUCACCAAGCCUAGGGUUUAUUUAUUUAUUUAAUUAUUUGAUAGUUAUACCUCUUCUCUUUGGUUAAAAACUCAAAAGUUGUUCACAUUGAUCAAUUAUAUCAAUUAAAAUCAGUAAAACAUAAGAAAAAUCCAAUAAAAUCCAAACAAAACAUACAACAUAAUACAGAUACAUAAAAUCACACUAAUACCAGCCCUAGACCAUAAAACCUUACAGAUAAACAUCAAUAUUACCAGUAAUUACAGUACCCAGUAUGGUUACUAUCUACAAGGAAACUAGAUGUGGACUAGAAGGCUGCCAAUAUUUCAGUGCAUAUUAUUUAGGUUUAUGGUAGUUCUGGGUGUUGAUUGGCAUGUAAAUAUUUCCUUUUGGCAGCAUUUUAAAUGGAUCAUGAAUUACUUAAUUAAUAAAUCGAACGGCAGUAAUAGUAAGCAGUUUGAACCAUUGAUUUUUGUGAUCUGAAAACUCAGGCUGUUUCAUAUUGGCAUAUGUACACUCAAAUUAAAUAUCUUUCAGAUGAAUUUUCUUAUUCUUGUAGGAAGAUUUAAUUUUUUUUUACUUUUUUUGCUUCAUUUCUACCCCGUCUUUCUCCCCUGUGGUAACCCAAAGCAGUUUACAUCAUUCUCCAUUUUAUUCUCACAACAAUCCUAUAAGGUAGGUUAUACUGAGUGUCUGUGACUGGCCCAAGGUCACCUAGCGAGCAGAACGGGGAUUUAAAGCAGGGGUUCCCAGAUCCUGGUAUGAGAUUGUAACCACUAUACCACACUAGUAUAUGAGGUAUAAGCUGAGUGCUAUGACAAAAUAUUUAAAUAAAUACAAUUUAACAAACCCUA